AUGUCGUCGUACGAGGUGGAGGAUGACUACAGCCGCUCCUACACCGGCUCGUACCCCAAGGACUUCUACGGUCCGGACGAGGAGGGCGACAUCAAUGGUGCUGUGGAGAUGAAGCCCAAAAUCCUGCUGAUGGGGCUCAGGAGGAGUGGCAAGUCGUCCAUCCAGCGAGUAGUAUUCCACAAGAUGUCGCCGGCCGAGACGCUCUUCCUCGAGUCGACCAACAAGAUAGUCAAGGACGACGUUCCGCACUCGUCGUUCGUCCAGUUCCAGGUGUGGGACUUCCCGGGCCAGAUCGACUUCUUCGACAGCACCUACGACACGGAGCUCAUCUUCAGCGGCUGCGGUGCGCUGCUCUUCGUCAUUGACGCCCAGGACGGUUACGCGGAGGCACUGAACAAGCUUCAGCAGACGGUGAUCCAGGCAUACAAGGUGAACCCCAACAUCAAGUUCGAGGUGUUCAUUCACAAGGUGGACGGCCUGUCGGACGACCAGCGGAUCGACAUCCAGCGCGACAUCCAUCAGCGCGCGCACGACGACCUCCUGGAUGCCAGUAUGGACAACAUUCACCUCAGCAUAUACCUCACGUCCAUUUAUGACCACAGCAUAUUUGAGGCCUUCAGCAAGGUGGUCCAGAAGUUGAUACCGGAGCUGCCUACACUGGAGAACUUGAUGGAUAUUUUCAUUUCGAACUCGGGCACGGAGAAGGCCUUCCUGUUCGACGUCAUCUCCAAGAUCUACAUCGCCACCGAUUCGUCGCCGGUGGAUAUGCAGUCCUACGAGUUGUGCUGCGACAUGAUCGACGUCGUCAUCGACCUCUCCUGCAUAUACGGGCUCAAGGGCGACAACGACGGUGGCUUUGACCAGCGCAGCUCCAGCAUCAUCCGACUCAACAAUUCGACCGUGCUCUAUCUGCGAGAGGUCAACCGCUUCCUGGCGCUUGUCUGUAUCGUGCGAGAGGACAACUUCCGCAAGCAAGGGCUGAUCGACUACAACUUCACCUGCUUCCGCAAGAGUAUCCAGAAGAUCUUUGAGCUGCGCUCGCGGCGCGGUCGCCUCUCGACGCUGCCCCCGAUCGGCGCGGAGCCGGACGGAGGCGUGGUGGACGUGUGAGCGGCGCGGCCCGGCCGCCACCGGCGCCAGCUCGGGCACGCGCGGCCACUCUGCUAACGCGAUAGUACUCUGCGCGCCGCCUCUGCGUACGGACGCACGCCGGUGUACCCAGACGAUCGCCUUGUAUAGGGGCGGUCGUUCCGCUGCGUCUGUGUUGACGCACUGGAGCAUGACGCGGUUAUGUGCGGAGCCUGGACCGUAUGACAGACUCUUGAAGAUGUACAUGUAGCCGACUUGUAGGCCCGUGUUAUGCGUAUGCCAUGUCCUUGGGGGCUGUACAGGUUCCGUAUGCCAUGGUUAUAAUUUUUCUGAGAGAAUAUUUAUUGUCAGGUGAACCUGGCAGUACUAUGAUGCUCACCCUCCCCCUGUCGUUCGGAUGUUUGGAGGCAUGUUCGUGAGUUGAAAACAUGCUACGCGGGGUGCUUGUGGCAUGGGGAAUGUAAGCUCGGCUGUUGAUGUAUACUAUGGGCGUCAUAUGACACGAUGCGAUUCAUACCCGAGUUUGUAACUGGAACAACCGAUUUACACCACGUU